AUGUUGUAUGCCAUGGAGGAGUGGGGAAGACUGAACGACCAGAGGACAUUCACAACACUGGUGACUGGAGAGUCACUGAUUUUGCCUUCAUCUCUUGUCUCCCCAGGUGAGCACGAGCGAGAAAGAAGGAAGAUGGAUCGACAUCCUAACAACACAAUCCAUGACUGGCGCACAGUGUCCCCUGCGCCUACAGAGAGCAUGGUCUAUGGAGAUGGACAAAACGGGACGAGGUGCUUUGCAGAACACAUCCCUGAAAUCGUCACUGGUAGCAUCACGCUGCUCAUUUGCCUGUGUGGGCUGGUCGGGAACGGGGCCAUCCUCUGGCUCCUCGGUUUCCGCAUCAGGAGGAACCCCUUCACCGCCUACCUCCUGAACCUGGCUGUGGCUGACUCCUGCUUUCUCCUCUGCACCUCGGUUUUCCUUGUAAUAUAUCAUAUGCCCAUGCUCAGCUGCUUUCAGCCAGAGCUUUUGCGGGUGCUGCCGCUAUUUCACUCCAUGGUUCUGCUCAUGUACAGCACCAGCCUCUAUCUCCUCACGGCCAUCAGUGUGGAGAGGUGUGUGGGUGUCCUCUGGCCCUUCUGGUGCCGAUGCCACCGCCCGAAGCUCCUGUCAGCCAUCGUGUGCAGCCUGCUGUGGGCCCUCGCCUUCGUCUUUGCCGGGCUGGUGUACUUUGUGUGUGACCUGGGUCACUCUGAACACUGCUGGAUGGUUCUUGGAACCUCGUGCUUUCUUAAUUUCUGCUUUUUCACUCCCUUUGUGGUUCUUUCCAAUGUGAUCCUCUUCAUCAAGCUUAGGCAUAGCCCCUGGCAACAAAACCAGUCAAGGUUGUACACUGUUAUCAUCCUCACUGUUUUCUUCUUCCUCCUCUUUGGCAUCCCUCUCAGUGUUCAGAUCUUCCUCAACUUCUUUGUCUACAUUAAUUUUGUCUUUGAGAUCUGCUUGUUGCUGGCCUCUGUCAAUAGCAGCAUCAAUCCAGUCAUUUACGUCCUGGUUGGGAACUAUGGCAAGUCCAGGUUCAGAGGAUCAGUCAAAGUGGCUCUUCAGAGGGUCUUUGAAGAUAGGGCAGAUUCCCAAGAGGUGGGUGAGACCCCUGUGAUGGGAAUUGCUGCCUGA